UUCCUUAGAUCCCUUUUUCCCAUACCUUGUUCCCUAUAUAUAUACACGACUCACCACCUUCCUGGCCUUCAACAGACGCACACAAGUUUCUGCAUAUUAUUCGUAUAACACUUUGCAGAGAGCAUCGUCAUCAAUGGCGGGGAAGAUUGGGUUUGAAGACUUGCUGCCUGUUAUGGCUAAUAAACUUGGAGGAGAAGGUCUGAUAAAAGAGCUGUGCAAUGGGUUUGAGUUGCUGAUGGACAAAGACAAAGGGGUGAUCACUUUGGAUAGCUUGAGGAGGAACUCUGCUCUUCUGGGUCUGCAGGACUUGAAGGAAGAUGAACUUGUGAGCAUGAUGAAGGAAGGCGAUCUCGACGGCGAUGGUGCUCUGUCUCAGAUGGAGUUCUGCGUUCUCAUGUUCAGAUUAAGCCCCGAUUUGAUGGCUCACUCUUGGGCUUUGCUCCAACAGGAUCUCCAACAUGAACUCGAUCACCUCGCUUCCAAAUGAUUCUUCAUUCCUUGAUUUUCUUGUUUCCCAGUUUCGUCUACAUUGUUACCAGAGUUCUUUCUGAUCAUUGUGAAUUAUGAUAUGAAAAUAUGAUUUAUACUCCGAUCUUCAGCCUCAAUCAUUAUUCAUAUUUGAGAAAAUUAA